AUGUCAGGACGUCGAACACAAUCUGAAUCACGUAUUACAUCUGACAAAAGCGUAUCAGAUUCCUGGGGUGACAGUUUAGAUCGUGAUCUUUCAUUUGAACAUCGACAUCCACCGAUUAAAGAUAUUGGAAAUCAUGUAUUUCAUGAAUGUGAUAUCUACAUUUUGAAACAAAUUGAGUUAAAAAAAGAUGAGGAGUUUACAAGAGACAGAAUACAGACGCUAUUGGACAAAUAUUAUAGUUCUAAAAAUACUCAUUGUAAGCUAUAUAUGUUUGAUGAUACAAUGAGAUUUGAACGACUGAAAUCUAUGGGUCGACGUUCAUUUCAUUCAGAGUUACGUUAUGAAGAUAUAAAGCGUUGUUCAACAUUUCGUUCAAAACCACAAGCAUUAGCAUUAUGUGUCUCAAAUCAUCUCGAUGAUAAACGUACAUAUGAAUUCUUUCGUUGUAAAUCACCAAAUGAUAUUAAUCGAAUAUGUAAUCUGAUAGAUAAAGCUACACAAUCAGAUUCAUUUCGUUUAUCUCAAAAACUACCGAUAGUUUAUAAUGAUAAUAUUAAGCAAAACCUUUAUAUAAAUAACAAGAAUCGAGCUAUGUCCGUUGAAUCAGUUCGUAAUUCACUGUUAAAACCUAAUUCACUGAUAGGAGAUUAUAGUGAAUAUUCAAAGAAAACAUGUGAUGAAGCAGUUGGUUCAUGGAGAAUAACGAAACCAAAUGAAUUUAAGCUUACUUCUCUAAAAGAUAUAAAAUUGAAUGAAAAUGAAAAUAAAAAAAUAGAAAAAUCAUCUGUUCAUCGUGUAACUUCAAUACCAUUGCAAGUAAAUUCAACACAAACCCCAUUUAAAGAAGUUAACGAUGAAUCUACAAUUAAUUUAACUAGUAUGAAAGAAAUAUAUAAUGGAACUAAAUUACAAAAACCUAACAAAUUACCAAGAAUAAAAAUUGACAAAAGUAUGACAUUUCCAUAUAAAACUUGUGAUGACAACAUAACAUAUAUACAAGUUCAUCCAGUCUUUGGACCACAAAUAAAUGAACGUGGUCCAGUUUAUAUGUAUGCUGUACAAUUAUAAGUGUUAAUAUGAAAACAUCAGUAAACAGUGGAAAUAAUAUUUCAGUUCAACAAUGAAAAUUAAUCAUUACGUUUGUUUGUUCUUUUGCUAUUCAAUGUUAAUUUUACUUUCCUUAUUAAAAUAUAUUUAUGUGUAUUGUUA